AUGUCUUCAGUUGCAGAAGGGUUUUCUAUUAACUGGAUCAAAAUGAAAGACUAUGAGACCGGAACCAUUCUAUGAGAACAUCAGUCUGCCUGGGAUCUCGACUCUCUCAUAGAAGCCCACGUCCCUAAAUCUAUUUUGCAAUGCCGAGCUGUAUCUCGAGAAAUCAACUUUUCCUCAAAGCAAGCUAUUCAGCAGUUUAGGCUCGUCCAAUAUGUAAAGCUCUUAGGACAACUGCUAGAAGAAUGAACCUUUGAAUUUGGCUUUGUCAUUCCUGGAAGCGAAAAUAACUGGGAACAAGUAAUCGAUGCAGCCCCUCCAGAUGAAAUGCUGCCUGCUGAGGUAUUGUCCGGGAAUAUUAUUAUUGAGACUUGCUUUUAUGACGACGAUGAACUGAUACAUAGGGGUGCAGGUCCAAUGACAUUGCCUUUUUGAUAGUGUCUAUUUCACCGAGUUAUUUUUGAUCGAAAAAUUGGUUGAAAUUUGUUGAUAGUGAACAUUUGACCAAAAAACCGUUAAUUUUUCGACUAAUGCAACACUAUUUAAAAAUUUUCGACCAAAUGCAACUGUCAUUUGGCAUGGAGCCGAUACAUAGAUCUUCUGUUAAGGUAUUUUAUGACUAA